AUGGCCUCCAACACCCAGAACGUCGUCCGUUACUCGGCGCUCCUCGCCGGUCUCGCAUACGGCUUCCUCCACAACAGGACUGUCCAGAAGGAGGGCCAGGAGGCUGCUGCUCGCCGGGAACAGCUCAUCGCCGACGCCAAGAAGGCAUGGAUCGCGAAGAAGAAUGCGCCCAAGACCGACCUCAUCACCGACCCCGAGGACCCCAAGUUCGACCUGGAGAAGGUUAUCGCGUCGUGGGAGAAGAGCGCAUAA